GGCUCUUCCUUAUAGUAAUUCCAACUCUUAAACAUUCUACUUGUUUUUUUUGGUUUUCUCUCUUUGUUAAUUAAGACCAUAAACAUUCUCCUAGUUGACUUCAUGGAUAUUCCUUCCCUCCAGGUUCUAAUAACCCUUGCUCUUUUUGCUUCCUCAGUCAUUCUCUACUAUGCACUGCUCAGAAAAAAGAGCAAGCCGACUCGUAUUACCCCUGGAGUUCAAGCUCCUGAGCCGGAGGGUGCAUGGCCAAUUAUAGGCCACCUCCACCUCCUCGGCGGCGGUGAUCAGCUCCUCUACCGGACCCUCGGCGCUAUGGCCGACAACUACGGCCCCGCGUUCAACAUCCGACUCGGAAGCCGCCGCGCAUUCGUCGUGAACAGCUGGGAUGUGGCCAAGGACUGCUUCACUGCCAACGACAAGGCGCUGGCUUCCCGCCCCACCACCGUCGCCGCCAAGCACAUGGGUUACAACUACGCCGUCUUCGGCUUCGCGCCCUACAGCCCUUUCUGGCGCGAGAUGCGGAAGAUCGCCACCCUCGAGCUCCUCUCCAACCGGCGCCUCGAGAUGCUCAAGCACGUCAGGAUCUCCGAGAUCGACACCGGGAUCCAGGACCUGUACGACAGGGUCCAAAACGGCGCGCAUCCCGUCGUCGUUGAGCUGAGCCGGUGGUUGGACGAGCUGACGCUCAACAUGGUGGUGAGGAUGGUGGCAGGAAAGCGGUAUUUCGGGGCGUUGGCCGAGUGCAACGGGGACGAGGCGCAGCGAUGCCAGAAGGCGAUCUGUGAGUUUUUUCAUUUGAUAGGGAUAUUUGUGGUGUCGGACGCGCUUCCGUUUCUGUGGUGGCUGGAUUUGCAUGGCCAUGAGAGGGCGAUGAAGAGGACGGCCAAGGAGUUGGAUGCUAUUCUUGGAGGGUGGCUGGAGGAGCAUCGUCGGAGGAGGGCUUCUAAAAUGGCUGAUUCAGAUCAGGACUUCAUUGACGUUAUGUUGUCGCUUCAGGAAGGAGGAGAGCUUUCCAAUUUUCAGUAUGAUGCGGAUAUUAGCAUCAAGUCUACAUGUCUGGCGCUUAUACUAGGAGGAAGCGAUACCACAGCAGGCACACUGACAUGGGCGAUAUCACUCCUCCUCAACAACAGCCACGCCUUAAAGAAAGCACAACAAGAGUUGGACAUCGAAGUAGGCACGAAUCGACUAGUUGACGAUUCAGACAUUAAAAACCUCGUCUAUCUUCAAGCCAUUAUCAAAGAAACCCUCCGUCUCUACCCAGCCGGCCCACUUCUCGGGCCCAGGGAAGCCUUAGAAGACUGCACCGUAUCCGGCUAUCAUGUGCCAGCUGGCACCCGCUUAGUGGUCAACGUGUGGAAGAUUCAACGUGACCCGACGGUUUGGUCAAACCCAGAGGCUUUUGAACCGGAGAGGUUUCUGACGACCCAUGCCCACGUGGACGUUAGAGGGCAGCAAUUCGAGCUCAUUCCUUUUGGGUCGGGUCGAAGGUCUUGCCCCGGCGCGUCGUUCGCACUCCAAGUGCUCCAUCUGACGCUGGCGCGUCUGCUUCAAGCCUUCGAGUUCUCCAACCCAUUGGAUGGGCGGCCUGUGGACAUGACCGAGAACCCAGGUUUGACCAUCCCCAAGGCCCACCCACUGGAGGUUCUCCUCAGCCCUCGCCUCCCUCGGGAGCUCUAUGGCGUUUGA